AUGAAAGAUGACAAGCAAGAUGAAGGGAAGAAACACAAAGAUGACAAGAAAGAUGACAAAGCUGACAACCAAAAGAUAAAGAUAAAAGAUUCUUGGAUCAUGGACCCUGCUACAGACUUAUAUUAUUACUGGAUUAUCAUUGUGGCAGUGCCUGCUUUCUACAAUCUGAUGAUGCUUGUGACCAGAUCCUGUUUCAAUGAGCUCCAAAAAGAUUACAGCAUGCUAUGGCUAGCACUGGACUAUACAUCAGAUGUUAUCUACUACAUUGACACUUUUAUAAGAUCCAGAACAGGGUUUCUGGAGCAAGGCUUGCUGGUUAAAGAUUCGAAGAAGCUGUGGGAACACUACAAAAAGACCCCCCAAUUCAAAUGUGACCUGAUAAGCAUCAUACCAACAGAUUUAUUAAUGGUGCAAUUUGGCAUUGACAGUCCAGAGCUAAGAUUCAAUCGCCUUUUCAAAAUGCCUCGUCUUUUUGAGUUUUUUUACCGGACUGAGACAAGGACCAACUUUCCUAAUAUAUUUCGAAUCGGCAACCUUGUACUCUAUAUUUUAAUUAUCAUUCAUUGGAAUGCCUGUAUCUUUUUUGCUAUCUCCAAAACACUUGGCUUUGGGACUGAUGCCUGGGUCUACCCUAACAUUAGUGAUCCUAAGUAUGGUCGUCUGUCUAGGAAGUAUACCUACUGCCUGUACUGGUCCACACUCACCCUAACCACUAUUGGAGAAACUCCACCACCUGUUAGGGAUGUCGAGUAUUUGUUUGUUGUUGCUGAUUUUCUCAUUGGUGUGCUAAUUUUUGCCACUAUUGUUGGUAAUGUUGGUGCCAUGAUCUCCAACAUGAAUGCUUCACGUGCUCUAUUUCAAGCCAAGAUUGACUCAAUUAAGCAGUACAUGCAGUUCCGUAAGGUCAAUAAAGAUCUAGAGGCCAGUGUUGUCAAGUGGUUUGACUACCUUUGGAGAGAAGACAAGACCUGCAAUGAAAAAGAAGUUCUGAAGUACCUUCCAGAUAAACUAAAGGCAGAGAUUGCCAUCAGUGUACAUUUGGAAACACUGAGGAAGGUGCGUAUAUUUCAGGAUUGUGAGGCAGGACUGCUCAUCGAGCUAGUGCUCAAGCUUCAGCCAAAGGUCUUCAGCCCUGGAGACUACAUCUGCAAGAAGGGUGACAUUGGUCGUGAAAUGUAUAUUAUCAAAGAAGGUAACCUGGCUGUGGUAGCAGAUGAUGGCGUAACACAAUUUGUAGUAUUGAGUGAUGGUGCCUAUUUUGGUGAAAUCAGCGUCUUGGGCAUCAAAGGCAGUAAAGCUGGGAAUCGUCGGACUGCAAAUAUCCGUAGUGUGGGUUACUCGGACCUCUUCGCCCUCUCAAAAGAUGACCUCAUGGAGGCCCUGAUUGAAUAUCCAGAGGCCAAGACCGUUCUGGAGGAAAAAGGUAGGGCCAUUUUGAUGAAGGAUGGCUUGAUUGAUGAGACAGUGGCUAACCAGGCAGAUGCCAAAGACCUGGAAGACAAGGUGACCAUAAUGGAAACUAAACUAGAGAUGAUGCAAGCCAAAUUAACACACAUAUCAGCAGAGUGGGCAGCCAGCCAGGGCAGAGUCAAGCAGAAGAUCUUCAAUAUGGAGGCCAGAGUUAAAACACUCUGGUUGGAUGAACAACUUGAGGAACUGGAGAAUAAGAAAGACCAAUAGUCCUAUAUAGUAUAAAUAUUUUCGAUCUCAAGAUUGCCACGAAAUGUCCCAGGAAACCUAAAUGUAUGAUUGCUUUCUAAUUAGGUUAAUGUGCAGUAGGUAUUGUGGGCACACUAUAUGCAUGUAUAAUGUAUGGAUAAUGGGGGACUUUCCAUUAACUUCAUUUACCUCUCCAUAAUCUAUCCCCUUUUGAUGCACGACUGGGCAGCCCUCAACUUACAUCCUGCGUCAGCUUAACUGUAACAGUUAUAAUGCCAGGCUGACUUGUGUAAGUGGUAUAGUGCCACUUGUCCUGGCCACAUACCUGUAGCUUUUAUUAAAAUUAUAUGUUGCUGUCUGAAUGGCUCUUUGAGCCUGAGUCACCAUUUAGCAAAGCAAACUAGCAAGCAAAAGCUACCCUGAAAGUGUAGACUUCUGUAAUAAUUCUCCAAUUCAGUAUACAAUAUUAUCCACAGACAUCAUUUAUAAUGUGAGAUAAGGGGUACAUUUAUAUACGUAUGCCCUAAUAGAGUUACAAUGGAUAUUAAAAAAAGUCUACACACCCCUGUUACAAUGGCAGGUUUUUUGUGAAGUAAAAAAAUAACACUAAGAUAAAUCAUGUCAGAUCUCUUCUCACCUUUAUUGUGCAUUUGCAAAGUAUACAUAAAAGUAACAAACAAACAGAAACUUCUGUAGGGAAAAAGGAAAAAUAAAAAACUGACAAUAACUUAGUCGCAUAAGUGUGCACACCCUUAAACUAAUACUUUGUUGAAGGACCUAAAGCAUAAUGCUGCCAUGACCAUGCUUCACUGUGGGUAUGGUCUUCUUUUGUUGAUGUGCUUUUUUUCACCAAACAUACCUUUUAGAAUUAUGGAUAUUAUACCUUUUGGAAUUGGUCUCAUCAGACCAUAACACAUUUUGCUACAUGGUUUGGGGUGAUUUAGUUUGGCUUAGAUGUAUUUUGUAAGAAAGGGCUUACAAAAGGAAGGGGAAGAAAGCCCAGACAUGUGAAGAAUACGAGAGAUUGUUGUCACAUGCAGAGAGUAAUCAGUACUUGUCAGAUAUUCCUGCAGCUCCUUUAAUGUUGCCAUUGGUCUUUGCAGCUCUUUGUAGACCAUGGCUUCAGCAGUCAGAUGAAUCUAAGAAGAUGUCUAGAAAAUCCUGCAGAAACAGCUGGUCUUUAUUUGGGGUUAAUUGGAAUAAUUUCAUUGAUGACCGCUGUAUGGUAAUUACACAGCCACAUCCCCAAUUAUAAAAGGGUGUGCACACUUAUGCAAUAAGGCUACUAUAACUUUUUUAUUUUUCCUAUUUUUCCCUAAAAUGUUUCUGAUUGUUUUUCACUUAAUUUUUAGAUGUCGUAAUAUGACCCAGGGUGGGAGAAGUUUGGUUUAAUUUAUUUCAUCACAAAAACUUGCUAAUUUUACAGGAGUGUACAGACUUUUUAUAUCAACUGUACGUGACAACAUGCAUAAAGAAAUAUUAUUGUUGAAAAUCAGAAACCUCUCAAAUUUAUACCUCUGGCUGUUACAAAGCAUUGACACUAGAGAUGCCUUCCAAAAAUGUGAAAUAAACUGCUAAAUAAACUGCUAAAUGCUAAAUCUCCUCAACCAUUUGUGGAACAUCCACAUUGGAGUCCUCGUAUUACUAUAGAAAUGACAAUAGUUUGCACUGGUUUCUUCCAUCCAGUACUGUUUUGUUGCCCUGUCUACUUAGUAUGCACUGUCCUAUGUAUUUAUUGUCCCAUGUAUUUAUUGUAUAUUUUUGUACUCGUCUUACACUGUCAUGUAUCUGCACUUUAUGUAGUCUCGUGUACCAUGCUACUGCAUUAUGAUGUGUUGCACCAUGAUCCUUAAGAAACAAUAUUUUGUUCCAAUGUUUUUAAGUUACACACAGAGGAAUGACAAAAUGACUAAAACCCACUGGACCUGACAUGACUAACUUCAGAGCCUUGUUAAAACAAUUCAUUCAGCCGUGCUAUGGUUUAAGUAACAAUAGCUAGCAUGACCAUUAAACUUGCUGAAAUCUUUGGGCAGGUAGUUGGCAUUUAAUGACUCAUUUGCUGGCAGUUUUAGUUUGUUUUAUUUACAGGUCUGAUCUACUGAUUCAGAAUAAACAUAUCAAGUAUCAUGGAUUUAGUGAACAAUAAAACAUUUUCUUUCAUUCUUAGUUAAUGUUGGUGUGAAAGUCAGUUAUUCACAGCUAUUUAAAAUCUAUGUAUUUAAACCAGGAAGAAAAUGUUUAUAGAACAUGAAUUGCCAUAAAAAAAGAGGAUGGAAGACCAUGUAGUGUGAAAUACUGUAUGUAUUGUAAACAGUAGUGCUUAUUUGAAGAUUUUGAAGGCUUCCCCAUCUACAUUCAGCAUAAUUGCUGAAUCACUUACAGGGCCUGUUUAAACUUGUUCUCAGUGACUUGGUCUCUGUGAUAAUUACCCUUGGGUUUUUAUAAAUAAAUGUACUUCAAAUGUACCAUUGUGUGCGCCAACUCAAGGGUCUGUGUGAAUCAUUCUGCAUUUAUACUUACUAA